AUUAUCAACAGUAAAUUGUAAAAGUUGCCAUUUCCGAUUUUAUUUACGACAUAGCGAUGCGCAUUCUAGGGAUGCUUUCUGAAUGGAGAUUUUGUUGACACUGACCUUAUCGCGCCAAAAAGACAUAUAUUUUUCCAGCCCUGCCUCGUGAUUUCUCAUGGCAUACAUUUGCCACUGUUGGCUGCGAGUGCCUUAAUAAUCGGAUGCGUCAGCGAGUUUGCCACUCAGUUGUUUGCCCAUCUCAAGAGUAGCUCGAAUUUCCUGCAACUUUUGUCCCCUUUCUCCACCUGUGUGAUGCAUGAGUGAUAAUUGUCCAACAGCACGCCAACUGCCUUAUUAGCAAGCUGUAAGGAAGCGUUUUUUAAUGGGAUAAUUAAGCACGAACCUUGCUGGUUGUGCAGUUGGACUCAUCUCGGUCUCUUAUCGGAAUUCGUUCAGUGAGCUGUGAGCACUGAUUAGACGGCGUUUCGGCGGCGUCUCUCAUGGUAAUAUUAAUGAGGAGAAUUUAAAGCUCAUUAUCGAAACUGCGAUGCUGCAGUAGCAUCUCGUCAGGCUUUUUACAGAUUCUCUGUGUUAAACUUUCUUGUUUUUCGAUUUGUGCGUAAGCGUGGUGGAGAUCCCAUUUAUUGCAGGAUGUUUUGCGGAUCGUGAAAAACUAGCCAUUUGAGAGCGCACAUAUUUUCCUAUCCAUCGUCGGCGAAAUUGGGAAAAUCUGUAAUUUUAGCUUGAUGGAUAUAUGGUUAAAGCGGAUUGACAAGGAUACAAAUAGUGCGAAUAUGGCAGCUGAUUUAUCGGGACGUGAUGCUAAUGGCCUCACAGCUACAGCUGUUAGCAAUGGGGGAUCCGGUCGGACGACGGGAGGAGGAGAAUCAUUAUCCACACCAUCCGAUCUGGCUGCGGUAACAAACGGCCAGUUGGAUCCCAAUUUGUGCUCUGUGUCGGCUCCGGUGUCCAUGUAUGUGGAUAUGGAGGCAUAUGCUAAUUACGACAGCAAUUCUUCCUCAUUACCGGAACAAGUGCGCCAAAAAUUGGCCGAAUUGGAGCUGGAAUUAGCUGAAGGUGAUCUAACGGACAAAGGUUUUGCCAAAAAGAAAGCCAAAUUGUUACAGUCUUUUAAUAUUUCCCCUCUUCCGCCUGUGCCUCCUUCUUCAGAUGCGCAGAAUGGAUCGGCCAGUCCCGGAGUGAGAGCCCGACGAAGAGCGGCAAGGCGAUUGACGAGGGAUGGUGAAAAUCGAUUUCAUUCAGAAAUCCGUCAAGAGCAAGUGCUGAAAGCAUUAGCGGAGAUGAAAGACAAAGCGGUGGCGUUGAAUUUUAAACGGACAUCGGUGCUGUUAUCCAGCGGCAGUGCCGGCGGGGAUGCGCCGCAACAGCCGCCCACGCCGCCCGUGGCCAGCGCCAAUGGAAAUGGACAUCAUGCGUCCAGUGAUGAAGAGGAGGACAGUCUGCCCAGCGAGCGGGAUUCCUCCUCCAAUGUGUCAUCCAUGCGAACGGCCUCGCUGAAGAGCGAAGGAAAUGGGCUUGUUAAUGGACACGCCAAACCGGCCAUGAUGUUCGGGAUGAAUAUCUACGAGAACAAUAGCAGCGAGCACGUGCCGCAGACCAAUUUGAUGAAUAUUAAGGAGCUCAUCAGUAAUCUCAGAAAUGACGCGGUUUUCGAUACACCUCCGCCGCCUCCACCGGAUGUUGCUGCGACAGCGAUGUCGGCCACGGCGAAUUCACAUAUUUACACCCACUCGCACAUGGGAUCAUUGCGGCUGGACCGUGAUGAAACCGGCACAGAAAAGCGUAACGGUAAAGUGUCUGCCAAGAUCCAACAACUUCUCACCACCCUGAAGAAACCGCGUCGCAAGAAUCUGGCGGAAUAUUUUGAGGACGACGAUCUGGAAUUAGAAAUUGCGGCCAAUCAAGUCAAUCCCAAUGCACCGAAACCUGAAGGGAACACGGUGACACCGUUCGUGGGUGAACGACUCAGCCCGGCUUCCGGUGUGGCGGUAAUGCUGGAGCAGGCACUGCAGCAGCACGCCCACUCCUUUCCCAAGGCGCCGGCACUGACCGUCCUGGAUGUCAAUGGACGUUUGGCAUCGCAUUUAACCUAUUCCAAACUCCUGCGUCGUGCUCAGCAAAUCAGUUAUGCGUUGCUCAAUAAGACAAGCCAGCGAGACGGGACAUUGAAGAUAAAACCAGGAGAUCGGGUGGUUCUAGUGUAUCCCAACGGGGAUCCGAUUUCUUUCAUUAGUGCGUUUUAUGGAUGCUUGAUGGCCGGUGUGGUGCCGGUUAUGAUCGAAGUUCCGCUGACCAAACGGGACGCCGGUUGUCAGCAAGUGGGAUUCUUUCUGGGCAGUUGCGGAGUCCAGAUGGCCGUAACAUCCGAGGCGUGCUUCAAGGGUCUGCCUAAAACGCCGACCGGAGAAGUUGUACCGUUCAAAGGCUGGCCGAAGCUCCAGUGGUUUCUGACGGAUAAUCUAGCGAAACCGCCGCGAGACUGGGAUCCACCCGCGCGGCUGCAGGAUGAGCUGCCAGCGUAUAUUGAAUACACCUCGGAUCGCGAUGGAAGUGUCAUGGGGGUCACGGUAUCGCGAGGCGCCAUGGUUAGUCACUGUCGGGCACUGAAGGCCACGUGUGGAUACACCGACGGGGAAGUGAUGGUCUGUGUGGUGGAUUUCAAACGGGAUCUGGGAUUGUGGCAUUCCGUUCUGGCGAGUGUAGCUAACCGCCUGCAUGUGAUCUUCAUCCCAUACGCCCUGAUGAAAGUUAACCCCGGUUCGUGGAUGUUGAUGAUCAGCAAGUUCCGUGCCUCGGUGGCCGUGGUGAAAUCCCGCGAUCUCCACUGGGGCGUCCUGGCGCAGCGGGAUCAUCGGGAUGUCAAUCUAUCCUCGCUGCGGAUGCUCCUCGUCGCGGACGGCGGCAAUCCUUGGUCGCUGACAUCGUGCGAUCAGUUCGUCAGCGUCUUCCAGUGCAAAGGCCUGCGACCGGAAGUCGUAUGCCCGUGUGCAUCCUCCCCCGAAGCCUUGACGGUGGCGCUGCGGCGGCCGGGGACGGGAUCGGUGCCCGGGAGCAGUACGGGGCGCGGUGUGCUGUCCAUGAGCGCGCUGAGCUAUGGCGUGAUCCGAGUGGAUCAGGAGAACAGUCUCACCUCGCUGACGCUGCAGGAUUGUGGGAGGGUUUUGCCUGAAAGUUCAUUGUUGGUGCUGAAGAUCGACGGACCGGCGUAUUUGUGCAGGACCGAUGAGAUUGGGGAGAUUUGCGUGAAUUCCCCGUACUGUGGAAGUGGGUACUGGGGAUUGCAAGGGAUGACGAACGCCACGUUUAAGGUUCAGCCGCUUAGACCAGAUGACACACCUUAUAAAGAAAAACAAUAUGUACGAACGGGACUGCUUGGAUUUUUGGGACCGGGUGGAUUGGUGUUUGUGUGCGGGAGUCGGCAGGGUCUGAUGCAGGUGUCAGGUCGGAAGCACAACAUUGACGACCUGAUUGCCACCAUUCUGGCCGUUGAGCCCAUGAAGUUUAUUUACCGAGGGCGGAUCGCCGUGUUUGCCGUCAAGGUGCUGCGUGAUGAACGCAUCUGUGUGGUGGCCGAGCAACGGCCGGAUUGCACGGAAGACGAGAGUUUCCAGUGGAUGAGCCGCGUGCUGCAGGCGGUGGACAGCAUCCAUCAAGUGGGCAUUUAUUGUCUGGCCCUGGUUCUGCCCAACCAUCUCCCAAAGACAUCGUUGGGCGGCAUUCAUUUAUCGGAGACCCGUAAACGCUUCCUGGACGGCGCUUUACACCCAUCCAACGUGCUCAUGUGUCCCCACACUUGUGUGACCAAUCUGCCCAAACCCCGCGAGCCGCCGACGGACAUUGGACCGGCGUCGGUCAUGGUGGGCAGCAUUGUGCAAGGGGUACGCCCGGCGGAAGCCCGAGGUCGAGAUCUCAGUGUGUUCGAAGAUGACAAUGAAAGCACCAAAAAGUAUCAGUUCAUUUCGGAAGUGCUGCGAUGGCGCUCUACCAGCACACCGGAUCACGUCGUACACACGUUGCUCAAUGCUAAAGGAUUGCCCACCGGAUCGUUGACCUGCAUGCAGCUGCACAAGCGGGCGGAGAGGAUCGCCAUGCUUCUUCAGGAUAAAUCCCAGAUCCACCCCGGUGAUAACGUUGCCCUGCUCUUUCCGCCUGGAAUUGAUCUAAUCUGCGCUUUCUAUGGAUGUUUAUACGCCGGUGUGAUCCCGGUAACAAUUCGACCGCCGCAGUUGCAGAAUCUUUCCACGACACUGCCCACGGUGAAGAUGAUCGUCGAUAUCAGCCGUGCCAAAGCCGUGUUGACGCUAGGUACCACCAUCAAAAUGAUCCGCUCCAAGGAGGGAUCGGCUGCAGUGGAUGCUAAAACUUGGCCGAUAAUGCUGGACUGUGAAGAACAGCCGCGGAAGAAAUCACUAGUCGGUUAUCGACCGCCCUCACCGGACUCGGUGGCUUAUAUCGAUUUCAGUGUGUCCACAACCGGCGUGCUCGCUGGAAUUAAGGUCUCCCAUGCCGCUGUGGCUGCCUUGUGCCGCAGCAUGAAGUUGGCGUGUGAGUUGUAUCCGUCGCGCCACGUAACGGUGUGUUUGGAUCCGUAUAGUGGACUGGGCCUCGUUUUAUGGGUGCUCAGCAGUGUUUAUUCCGGUCACCAUUCCAUUCUAAUACCUCCUGCCGAAGUGGAGCUCAAUCCGGCCCUAUGGAUAACUACCGUGAGCCAGUAUCGAGUUCGGGAUACGUUCUGUUCGUACGGGGUCAUGGAUUUAACAACCCGGGGCCUGGCUACAUCCAUCGCGCUUCUAAAGGAGAGGGGAGUGAAUCUGAGUUGCGUGCGGACAUGUGUGGUUGUGGCGGAGGAACGUCCGCGCAUUGCCUUAACAACAUCGUUUUCUAAGUUGUUUUCCACCCUGAGUCUUUCGCCAAUGGCCGUCAGCACAAGUUUCGGGUGCCGCGUCAACGUGGCUAUUUGUCUGCAGGGUGCUGCGAGUCCCGAUCCCAGCACACUGUAUGUCGACAUGCGCGCACUGCGCAAUGACCGCGUCACACUGGUCGAGCGAGGAGCGCCACAUAGUCUGUGUGUGAUGGAAUCCGGCAAACUGCUUCCCGGUGUCAAAGUGGUCAUUGCCAAUCCCGACACGAAAGGUCAAUGUGGCGAUUCCCAUCUGGGCGAAAUUUGGAUCAGUAGUCCGUUCAAUGCUUCGGGCUAUUUCACCACGUACGGCGAGAGCGCCAUCACCAAUGACCAUUUCAACGCACGAUUAAUUACUGGGGACACGCGAACGGUCUUUGCACGCACCGGCUACCUCGGCUUCCUCCGUCGGACGGAGGCUAUUGGACCAGAAGGAGAACUGCAUGACGCCGUCUUUGUGGUGGGAUCUCUGGAUGAGACGCUGUUGUUGCGCGGGAUGCGUUUCCAUCCCAUUGAUAUGGAGAAUUCGGUUCUCAAAGCUGACAAACGAAUCUGUGAAUGUGCGGUGUUUUCGUGGACCAAUCUGUUGGUGGUAACGGUGGAGUUGGAUGCGGCGGAGAGCGAUGCCUUAGAUCUGGUGCCCAUCGUCACCAAUGUCGUCCUGGAGGAUCAUCAUCUCAUUGUCGGGAUUGUUGUCGUUGUGGAUCCUGGAACUGUCCCGAUCAAUUCUCGAGGCGAAAAACAACGAAUGCACUUACGUGAUAGUUUUCUGGCGGACCAGUUGGAUCCCAUCUACGUUGCGUACAACAUGUGAAAGGAUUAUUAUUUGUAAAGGUUCCAACGACUGACCGGGUACUACGAAACAGAUUGUGUUAUUUUUGAAUUGAGCGUGGAACUGCUUGAUGCGGUGCGAUCCAGUUGGCCGCCUGGUCGUGGAAUGUUAUUGUCUUAUUUGUUUUUAAUUGAUUAUUGUGAUAGCGGCCUGUCGACAGGGGCGUAUUGCUUGUUUUUGAUCCCAAAGUGUUCUUCGUCGAUUUGGUGUGACGUUCUGCGUUCUGCAUAGGAUUUUAUAGCGUUUUAUUUCUGUUUUAUUUUCUGUUAACAUAUGUAAGUCUGUUAACGAUGUUGAUUCGGUCUGUAACAAAGCAUUUAAUGCAGCUGCUAUUACUGACAGCCUGGUGGUCUAAGGAUUAUCGUGACCUUUCAGAUCUUAAUUAUUUAAAGUGUCGAUUAAAGAAUUGCUUGAA